AUGAGUACCGAAAUCGAACAGCUAAGGGCUAUGGUGGAGAAGCUGCAGUCAGAAGAAGACGUUCGCAAGCUUCAGUAUACCUACGGCUACUAUCUAGACAAAUGCCUGUAUAAAGAGGUUGCCGAUCUCUACUCUGACCAUCCCGACACCUGUGUGGAAUUCCUUGGGGGCCGCUUCAAUGGCAAGGAAGGAGUCAAGCGUCUCUACCUUGGCCGUUUUGCAAAAAUGUUUGUAGCUGGCCGAAACGGUCCCGUCUAUGGCUUUCUACUCGACCAUCCUCAAAUGCAGGGUAUAGUCGAUGUCAAUGCAGAGGGCACACGAGCAAAAGCCCGCUUCCGCAGCAUGAUGUCUGCGGGCACACACGACAGCAUCAAAGACACGCAUCCACGAGGCCUAGUCCAGUGGUGGGAAGGCGGAGUGUACGAGAACGAGUACAUCAAAGAGAAUGGCGUGUGGAAGAUUUUCAGACUAAAGUACUUUCCCUUUUGGCACGCGACAUUUGACAAGGGCUGGGCACACACCAAGCCCAACUACAUACCCUUUCUCUCAAAGACUUACCCAGAGGAUCCCAUCGGGCCGGAUGUGCUAUGCGACCACCCAAUGCUCUGGCCAGAUACCCGCGUCGUGCCCUUUCACUACAAGCAUCCUGUCACGGGUGAGCAGGUGGCGGAUGAUGAUUUGAGAGCACCACACUUUGGACAGGACCCAGCCACAAGUUCCCCGCCUCUUGUGCUGAGCAAACCUCAGUCUGAGAUGCAGAGUCCAUGA